AUGUCCUCGUUCCAGGUGGUGGAUAGCUCACCUGGCAGCAGCGUCAGUAUCAUGGAAACGUCCAACUUUGCCCAUGUCAUCUUCCAGAAUGUUGGCAAAAGUUUCCCGCCUCAGGCACCUCUAGAGUGUCGCUACACUCUCACUCCUUACAUCACACCACACCCUAAAGACUGGGUUGGCAUCUUUAAGGUUGGCUGGAGCACAGCUCGAGAUUACUACACCUUCCUGUGGUCCCCCAUGCCUGAAAAAUAUGAACCAGGAAGUACAGUGCACACAACUGUGGUCUUUCAAGGUUAUUACGUCCCCAAGUCUGAUGGGGAAUUUUACCAGUUCUGUUACGUGACACAUGGCGGUGACAUAAGAGGGGCCAGCACACCAUUCCAGUUCAGGUCAGCCACACCCAACGAGGAACUGCUGACUGUCAGUGAAGAUGACAGCAAUUCUGACAUCCUAGUGGUCACCACCAAGACUGGCCUGCUGGAGCGGGUGGAGGAGGCCCAGCAGGAGCGCAGGGAGCUCCUGCAGGCCAUGCGGCUCCUCCAGGAGGAAAAGCGGCAGCUCCAGGAGGAGCAGAAACGACUUUCCCGGGAGCGGGAGCAGGAGAGGGAGACGUGUUGCCUGUUGCGUACGCACAACCAGGAGCUCCUGCGCUCGUCCCAGUGUAUGUCAGAGGAGCGCGAGGAGGUGAGGAGGAGACUGACGGAGGCGACGGAUCGAGUGCGCCAGCUUGAGGAGGACCUGCUGGGAGUCACUCAGAGAGCCCUGCAGAAAGAGACGGAGAUGGACUGCCUGCGUGACCGUCAGAAGAAGCUGACAGCGGAACGAGACAACCUGGACAGCCAGCUCAAGAACGAGAAAGAUGAGAGGGAGCGCUACAAGGCCCAUCUGCGCAGCACUGAGCUGGAGAACACCAAGCUGAGCGCCGAGCUGCAGAUGCUGAAGGCUGUGGAGCUCAACCGGGAGGUGACCAUCGCUCAGUUCCAGGAGGAGCUGGAGAGACUGAGGAGCUGUGUGGCCCAGCGGGACAGUUUAGAGAAAGAGUUGCUCACACUCAAAAUGGACAAGGCCGAGCUGACACGUCUACGCGAACAACUCCGUCAGGCCGAGGAGCAGCUGGCCGCGUCCCGCCAGCAAGCGGCCUUGCUGGCCUCGGAGCUCCGAGACUCAGCCAGCGCCCGGGACCACUCCAUGAGCGAACUGUAUCGCGCCCGCCUGGAGGCCGACAAGCUCCGCGCCAGUCUGGCUGAAGCGCAGGCCGAGUGCCAGCGUAUGGAAAGCCAACUGGACCGCAUGAAGAGCUCUGCGCAUCGGGACGUGAGCGUCGGGACCAACGGAGAGCUGGCACCCAGCGUACUGAUCGUCUCCGAGGUGGAAGCCGAGCUGCAGAGGGAGGUGGAGGAACUGAAGCUGCGCCUCCACAUGGCCGCCGAGCACUAUAAGGAAAAAUACCGCGAGUGCCAGCGGCUCCGCAGGCAGGUGGCCAAACUGAACACGAGCGAGUCGCACGCGGAGCACAAGAGAAACGCGUCGACCGAGACGGUCCUGGAGCCUCUGACCCCAAGCCCUGAUUCACCCACUGCAGGAAGUAUUGCGGCAAGAGCCCUCCAAGAGGCCUCUACCUUGACAAUCAGCUCUGAGCUGGAAAACCUGGAAUGUACACACAGCAGCACAGAGACUGAGGAGAAGCAGACCGCAAAGUCGACGGGGAGCGCUGAGGCGGACCUGGAAGAGGAGAGGAGGGAGGACAGCCUGCGGCUGACGAGCUGGGUGGAGGUCCAGACAAAGUGGGCGGGCAGCGAGGGGAACGCCGAGGCCCAGCAGACUCCGGAGGAGGAGGGGGAGAGGAGAAGAGGGGAAGAAGAAGAAGAAACGGCCCAGGGGGAACACAGCAACUCCGUGGAGGAGGAGCUUGCCUUGAUGGAGGAGAAGUGGAAGGAGCAGUGCGCCAUCAAUGAGACUCUCAAACAACGUCUGGCCAAUGAGGAGGAGCGAUUUAGAGUGCAGAUGGCAGAGCGGAUCAGCGAGGAAUUGCAUCUCAUCCUGAGUCGGCAAAGGGGACAGGACGCCCGCGAUGAAGGGGCUGAGGUUUGGCGGCAGAUGGCAGAGCGGAUCAGCGAGGAGAUGGAGUUGAAACGUGAGGAGCGACUAGAUGAGGAAUUGCAUCUCCUCCUGAGUCGCCAAAGGGAGCAGGACGCCCGUGAUGAAGGGGCUGAGGUUAGGCGGCCCAUGGUGCUGCGGUACCCGCUGCCUUACCCCCAGGACCCCUCGCCGCCCCCAUUGGUACCACAGAGGCCCGCGGAGCUGCAGUUUGGCAACCCAUAUGCCACUGACCCCACGCAAGAUCAGGAAGGAGAUGCCUCGCUAACUCCGGAGCAACUGAGCCGCCCUCCACCCGAGGCCCCACCUUGCGCCACUCCAUGCGCCCCUCCGAUCUCCCCUACAAAUCCGAACCCCGGCCCGGCGGCGCCAGGUUGGGACAGAGAGGUGGUCUGCAUCCAGCCUUCACGCAGCACCAGCCCCCCGGAGAACCCACCCGAGGAACCUCAGAACGCCGGCGACGGGGCGCAGCCAUCUUGUGACCACCAGUCCAGCCGACCUGCUGAAACAAGAAGAGGCUUCUGCUUUGACUCCAGCGGCAACAGCCACAAGCGCUGCCCGCUGUGCGAGGUGAUCUUCCCGCCGCACUUUGAGCAGAGCAGCUUCGAGCAGCACGUGGAGAGCCACUGGAAGGUGUGCCCCGUGUGCUCCGAGCAGUUCCCCCUCGACUGCCAGCAGCAACUCUUCGAGAGGCACGUCCUCACACACUUCGACGGCCACGUGCUCAACUUUGAUCAGAUUGAGUGAUGCCCCCCUCUUCCUCCGAUCCCAUCCUGACCCCUGUCAGAGGUUCCCCUAUGUCGUUAAGUGUACAAUCAUCGGCACUAUUUGCAGGUUACAGGUUAUGUCGAAGCUAUUUGAGCACUUAUUCCAUAUCCUCGACAUCCCCGUGGCGCUAGUAUGCUCUUUUUCGUUCACUAGUAUUCAUUUUACACAAAAUGGCAGUUAACCAAUUAAAUUCUGAGCGAGCCUACCAGACCCAACUAGUGUCUUGCGCUAGUAGCUUGCUUAUCAAGGAUAUGCAAUAAAUUCUCAAAGAGCUUCUCAUUACUCCAAGACACAAUAAGCUUUGCUUCCACUUUAUCCUUUACGUUAUAAAGCUCAUCUUUGUUUCUCUGAAGCACCUUUGGUUGUGCAUGUGGAUAUUACUGGUAUGUGUUAAAAACUGUUUAAAUAAUUCUAAAAACUAUUGGCUGUAAAAGAAAAAAUUAAAAAAAAACAUUUCAAGUGAGGUGUUGACAGACUCGAUCGCUUCCAAACCAGAACGCUGCUUUUCUUCAGGAAAGAGGGGGAGAAAAAAAAAAAGUAUCUGCCAUAAAAAAAUGUUGAUUCUGAAUGUAAUGUACAUAUAGAAAUACGUGUGUGAUGUGUAUUGUUACCGCCCUCGGUUUGGUCAUAUGGAUGACUGCCAUGCACUUUUCUGCUUUAUGUUCAGGUGGUAGGAAGCUGGAAAAAGACACUGAAUGGGAGAACAUUUGAGUUUUGAUUCCAUAUCGUUGAUAUCCAGCUUAAGCCUAAAGUGACGAAGAAAAAAAAAAAGCACAUAGCCCAUAGUACAUGGACCUUAAUCUGGAUAUCAAAGACAGUGAAUAGUGGCUUCAUAUCGUUUGUGAUUACCCGAUGGUGUUGUUUAUUCAGGCUUUAAAAAUUGCACACCAAUCACCAGGCCAGUGUGUGUGUAUGUAUCUGUGUGAAUGACAAAAAUCUUAAUGAAUAAAUGAACUUAUCCAGGUG